CCCCCAGCACUCACCAUCACACUCAGGGUGACCCAGACCACACCACCCAUAGCAGGAACCUCAGGGCCCUCCCAAAAAAACACAGUGCCAGCCCCAUUGGCUGCCAGGGCCACCAGCACCAGGGGAGCUGCCCUGAGGAGAAGUGUGUGGCCACCUCUGUCACACAACCUUCCUCCUGCUGCUGCAUCCACUGCUGCACGCUGGGGCCUCGCUGCUGGCACCAUGCAGCCCCCUCGCCGCUGCCUCCUCCUCCUCUCUCUCCUCUGCCACCUCCUCCUCUCUGGGACAUGGGCAGACCUGGAGGAGGCCUUCACUAUUCGACUGCUCCAGAUCUCCACCUUCCAAAACAGCUCCUUUGUGGACACGGAGGGGCUGGGCCUGCUGGAAGACAUAGAGCUGGGUUCUCUUGCUAAGCACACGUGGAAAAUCCGCUUCCACCAGCCCUGGGUGCGCCCAGCCCUGCCCCGCAGUGACUGGGACACGAUUGAGAACAUGAUCAAGAUCUAUUUGCAAAAGUUCCACCACCUCGUCAAUGAAGGUGCAGUGCAAAAGGAUGUACCCUACCCCUUUGUGGCCCAAUGUAUGGCGGGCUGCACGCUCUACCCCAACAAGACCACCCAGACCUUUGCACAUGUGGCCUACAAUGGCCAGGACUUCCUCAGUCUCUGUGUGGACAAUGGCACUUGGCUCCCCUCCCAAGACACUGACUUGUCACGAUAUGCCCAGGCUGUUCUCCAGAACUACACCGCCUUCACUGAGCUGGUAGAAGUUCUCUUCAAUGACACCUGCAUAGAUGACAUGGAGAGGUUAUUGCUCUACGGGAACACAGUUCUGGAGAGAAAAAAGCUGCCCGUGGCCACCGUCUUCGCCCGCACACCCAGCCCAGCCCAGCUCCUGCUGGUUUGCCGCGUCACCGGCUUCUACCCACGGUCCAUCAGCGUGGACUGGCUGCGGGAUGGCCAGGAGGUGCCGCCAGGCCCAGACACCAACACCAGCGCCAUCCUGCCCAACGCCGACCUCACCUACCAGCUGCGCAGUGUCCUGGCCGUGGCCCCCCAUGACGGGCACAGCUACGCCUGCCGCGUGCGCCACCGCAGCCUGGGCACCCGCAGCCUCCUCAUCCCGUGGGGGUACUCAGAUGUGGUGCUGAUUGCAGGACUUGUGGCUGGGCUGCUGGCAGUUGUGGCCAUGGCUGCCGUCAUGAUGCUUUGGCUGUGGAGGCGCAGAAAGCACCGGCAGAUGGAGGAAUCAACGUCCAGGAACUCCAUCCUGAGCAAAGAAGCUUAGCCCAGAAGGGAGCCAAAGGGCCUUGUUUCCUUCCACCACGCUCACAGGGAAAAAACCCUACCUUUUUCUGCUUCGACAAUAUUCUGAGCACUCCAAGAUCAACUUGACUGUGAGAUAUAGGGAGGAAAACUGGGGUGCUCCUGAUCCACUCAGAUUUGAUAAGCAAGGGUGCAAGUCUGAGACCUCCUCGCUUGUGACACGUGAUCAGCUCUUACCUCGUGGCACUGUCCUCUGAGGCUCUUUAGGACACCCCAAUGCCCAGUGGCCAUUUCUCCCAGUUCUGCUGCAAUCACACAUUUAUCAGCAGGUGGUAAGCUGUGCCCUUCUACUAUGGCUUUCCAGUAUUCUCUCCUAAGACCUGCCUUUAUUAAUCAUAUCCCAGAAAUAUUGUUGCCGAGACCUAAUUGUUCCGCACGGAUUAACAGCACCUGGCCACAAACAUUUUACUAAGUCCUGAAUAACAAUGAAACUCUGAUGUAAUCCAUGGGAGCAGCAGAUAUGUAUAAAAUGAAAUUAAAACAUUCAUGUUUUCACUAAGAAUGUGUGCCUUUCUUGAGGAUUUCGAUGGGCUCGGUAAGGUUUUGAUCAGCUGUAAAUGCAAGCUCAAGCACCAGUGAAUUACUGGUGAUAAUUACAGGAAAUACUAAAGGAAAAAAAAAAUAAAGUGUG